AUGUUGUUCUUUUCGUUAACAGGCCCAGUCCAGUAUGGAGAACUUUUAGAGAAAAAAGAGGAUACUAAAAAACAGGCACCAAUAGAAUUGUCAGGGAAAGAUGACUAUCACGAACAGGUUUAUGAAGAGAAUGAGUCUUUAUGGCUUGUAGAGGUAGUUCCUGGAGAGGGCCAGUACACAGGCCACCGUCUUCUGGAUGACCGCUCUUGGCGUAUCCUGGCACCCAAGCUGCAGGCUCUCCAGAUCAGCAGUGCCGUCAUCAGCUGCCAGUUUGAUCGUAGAUUCUGUGCACGACAAGGCUGGAGUCACCCACAGCUGGUACUGGUGCUGCCCCCAAGGAAACAGGGAAACAUGCAGAGUAGCUGGAUCAAUGGCCAGACAGCAGGAAGAGAGCACAUUGUUUUGGCGUCAACAACACAUCUCACUGCUGCUUCAGUUCUUUCAUGGCUUCAUGGCCAAAUACAGUCAAGAAUUCAGGUUGUCAAUUGCUUGACACAGCUUGAAGAAAUUUGGUUCAAUACUACAGCUGUCAGUAAAGAAAAGAUCCCACGUGUGGUUUAUAUCUCUGAGUUGAUGAACCCACCAUUACUGAUUGCAACUCUUGGUCUCCGACUGUCAACUCGGAUUAAGCUUGCGUCUUUCACUGUCAAGUACGAAGAAAGGGAACAAGUUUCCCAGUUGCUUAGAAGGACAGGACUAAGUGGAAUACCAAAUAUAGCUGUUGUCACAGCAGAAGGAGUAACUUCGUAUGGCAAGCAGAAGGGAGAGUCUCUCACAAACACUGCCCUCGAUUCCUACAUGUGUACUCUGCAGCCUCAAAUGAAUGAUGUCUUUUUAGUAUCACUUGUGCUGGCCAAUGCCUUAGCAGUUGCUGAUAUAUUUAAUGUGUUUGAUGUCCGAGUGAGAGCAUGGAAACAUGCCAUUCGCACUCUGAUACGAAUGCUCGUAUACAACAUAUUUGUCUUUGUUGUUUGGCUUGCUUUUACUGCAAUUCUCAAGUUUCCAUUAGCUAAUAUUUUUCUUGAAUCUGGGUUAUGGUUGAUCUCCUAUUUAAACUCUACUUGGCUUUUUGCUCAGCUAAGAUACCAUUGGCUUAUGAUUGCAAGGCAUCCCAUCAUAUUUUGGAUGUCAGCGCAUAUUUUCGGCAUCAUUGUCAUCCUGAGGAGGGUCAUCUCAAGAAGGGAAAGUGAACCAGCUGACAUGGAUUCCAAUUGGUGGUCAAUAUUCUCAAUGGAUUCCUACUUGGUUGACGUUCUUUUCCGUCCCAUGGCCUCACUGUCUCGCCCAAGGCCGUCUCAAGAUUUAGGUCUGGAGGAGGGCAUGGAGCUCCUCAUAGAGCGAUUAGCCACACCAGACUUGUGGCUACAUCCUGUUAUACCAAAUGACUACAUGAAGGAUUUGCCAACUUGGAGGUAUGAUGGCUGGGGCAACGAGGAAGACCUAAAAUCAGAAAGUGAAACGGAUAUUGAUAGUGUCAGUGAUAAUGAAAAUGAUAUUCUACUGGACAUACAUGCCUGUUGUCAAGAGGAAAAUUGUAGGCUAUGUGAGCUUUGGACUACAGUGAAAGAAAUAUAUGUGUGCCAUCGAUGUGCAAUCUUGAAAAGGAAAUUGGAGAGGCAGUACUUGAGGUACAGAAAAAUCAGUGACAGCUGUCUUCAAAACAUUACAUAUGAAAAGUUAUUAAAAGUUUGUGAAAAUUGUUCAAAAACAAAGAAACAAAAUGCAGCUCUCAAUUCCCAACAGAGUGAUUCAUUGAAGGAUGUAUGGCUGCUUUCACCUCAGAGACUGACAGAGUUAAAAUGGACAGCACCAUCAUAUGCAAUAGAAAGUCGGGUAUGUGCAAUAUGCCUAGGAAGGUACCGAUGGUCAGCAGUUUUGUGUGGCCUUCCAUGUGGACACAACUACCACCAUUCUUGCAUUACAGAGUGGUUAUUAAAAGAUAACCACCAUUGUCCAACAUGCCGUUGGCCAUCAUAUAAAAAUAAACCAGCUAAUACUACGCAUGAGCAUGAAGAAUAAACAGCAAAUAAAGUGUGAUCUGAUGUAAUAUUCUUGAGUAAUAUUUUAUAGUUGAUAUUAUGAUGAUGAUAUUAUUCUAGAACAUAUACAUGAAUUGUCAGUUAUAAUUACCAAGCAUGAUAUUACUACAUUUAUGGGUUUUCAAGUGCCCAGAGCUUCCUUAGGUUAAAUUUGUUGUCUUACAGUUGUUCAUGUUUCUGAAAGACCCUCACAUUUAUCCUAAGAAAACAUACGUGAUUAAUGUUUCUCCCAAAUUUAAUUUUCUCCCAAAGCAAAUAAAAAUCUCAAAAAAAGGUAUAAGUAUAAUCAUGAUAACAAUUAUUAAUAAUGAUGAUGAUAAUAAUAAUAUUUAGCCUCAGUUCUUUCUAUUCCUCCUUUUCUUUUCUUUUGUUCAAGUUCAUGAAAUGAGCUGAUUUUUUUCUUUUUCUUCAUAUUUCUGAAAUUAGAAUUGAAGUAAAGGAAGCAUAUAUAUAUAUAUAUAGUCAUCAUGUCAUAAAAGAAAAAAAAAUGUUGUAUAAGGCUUGCGCUUCUUGUGAUAUAUGCAGACAUUAUUAAUUACUUAUAAAACUCAUAAAGAAUUAUUAUGCAGAAUCAGUUUGAUAGAGGGAAAGAUUUUUUUUUUUUUUUUUAUUCUGAAUAAUUGUUCUGGAGAUUUUUUCAUUCCAACUAUGCGGUAUUAACUAUGCGAUACGUGAUAUUGUAACGGUAAAAUGCUGCUUAAAGAAAGUGUGUAAACAUUUCUGGGUUAGCUUUGUUACCUUAGUUGGCAAAAGUCACCCAUGAUGUAGUGUAAGUAUAAGUAUAAUCAUGAUAACAAUAAUAAUGAUGAUGAUAAUAAUAUUUAGCCUCAGUAAAUUCUGAAGCAAGAUUGAAAUGUGAUUCUCUGUUCUUAUUUUUUCUCUCUUUUUCUUUUCUUUUGUUCAAGCUUAUGAAAUGAGCUGAAUUUUUUCAUUUUCUUCUUAUUUCUCAAAUUAGAAUUGAAAUA